AUGGAAGAGGGAGAACUCGGGUAUCGCGAGUUGGCGGAUCGUUUCGAACUUGCCACGGACCAUGUCAGAACGCUGGCUCACAGGCUGAGUAAUGAUAAACUGCUUUACUUUUAUGCAAGAUUCAAACAGGCAAAAGAAGGUGUUUGUAAUACUUCCAGACCAGGUUUCUUUGACUUUGAAGGCAAACAGAAGUGGGAUUGCUGGAAGAAGCUUGGUACAAUGAGUGAAAUGCAAGCAAUGAAAGAGUAUAUUAAUGAACUACUACGAGUUGAUCCAUCCUGGCAUGCAGAUGCUGAGACAACCAAGACCACGACUGGAAUGGGUGUUGCUGUCAGUACUUUGUACAAAGAAGAAGUACAAAUAAGGGAUGAUCAAAAGACUAUUUUUGAUUGGCUGAAGGAGGACAACAUAUCAAAGGUACAGUCACUGAUGCAGAACUGUAAUGAGGACGUAACGAAUCAGGUCGAUGAUCAGGGAUUAACGUUAUUACACUGGGCAUGUGAUCGAGGGUUAGAGAAAAUGGUUAAUUUACUUUUAAAAUAUAAUGCAAAUAUUAAUGCUAAAGACGAAGACGGACAGACUCCCUUGCACUAUGCGGUUACCUGUGAAUUUGUUCCUGUUAUUAAGCUGCUUCUAGACCAUGGAGCUGAUGUCUCUAUCGAGGACAAUGACGGCUGUCUACCAUCAGCGAAUACGUACAACAAAGAUAUUAUAUCACUCUUGGGUUGUCCCUGAUUUAUGUAUGAAAUACUGUAUUACCUCUAUUAGAAUUGCAUGUGAUAAAACAAGCUUUUUUGGGUACCACUGAAUCCUGGGUAUUAGAAAUCUGUGCCUCGUGUAUCAGCAUUUAAAAGUUAAUUAGAUUAUUAUUAACUAUUAUAUGUUGACAAUUCUAAUAGAGGAAAUAUGGUUGGUUUGUUAUUUUUGUGCUAGGUGACAUUGAAUGUCACUGACUGUUUUGAUAACAAAAUUUCAAAGUACAUUUUCCAUCAGAAACAGUGUUUCCUGUUUGGGACUAUGUGACAGGACAGUUUAAUACAUUUUCCCUGUUUCAACCAGAUCAAACCCUAUCAUUGGGUCAUAUAAGCAUUAAAAUCAAUUACCAUUGGUUAGGAAAAAAGCACCCAGCAGUAGGUUAUUUCAACUUUCAUGCAAACAAAUAAUUACAUUACAAUUU